GGGCACCUUUUGACCUCAGUGUGUGUGUGACAAUAUUUGCAAACCCCAAUCAUUCAGUCGAAGACUUUCAAGAGAAUCUUUUAUGGAAUUCGUUUGCACAUGCAAAUCAUAUUAUAAACCUGAUUUAAUCAAAAUGUUUGGAACUCAAAGAAAAAACAUUUUAUUUUGUAGUUUUCUACAAUUUAGGUAUUUUAGUCUUAGAAAUGUUUGAGGAUAAAGUCUAAACCAAGAGAGCCUGUGGAGGAAUUCCACUUUUCCUGUUUUUAUGACAUAAACUGGUUGUUGGUUUGUUCUUACAGCGUAUUAUUGAAUUCAUGCUGUAGUGAAGUCUUUUCGUUGUUUCUGCAGCGGCAGAACUCACAAUAAGAGAAUCUAACGUACACACGUACCGUCUGGAGCUAAUACAAUUUUUGUUCUCCAGGACAACCUCAACUUCAUUCCGCCUGUCGGAUCUUGCGCUCCAUCGUUCCCUCACUUGUUAACACUUGGGACAGGACCUCACCCCUGAUCUGGAAAAGGCAUUGUCUUGGUUUCAGGCUCAAGACCAUGGUCUCAGAUUUAGAGGAGCUGGUUCUCAUCCCAGCUGCUUCACACUCGGCUGUGAACUGAUCCCACGAAAGCUGGAGAUCACAUAGGAUAAGAGAUAAGAGGAAGAGAAUUCCAGAGUCCAGGGGCCACGGAGGAAAAGGCUCUGUCUCCUUCAGUCUGGAGUCUGUUUCUUGGGACAGAGAGCAGGCCGUUGUCAGAGGACCUCAAGGACCUGGAUGGGGUGUACGGCUGCAGAUAACUACUAAUGUACACUGGAGUCUGUCCAUGCAGGGCUCUCCAGGUUUGCUCUGGGAGACUCGCGCAGGGCCCUGUAUGAAACAGCAGCUCUGGUGGAGGACAUUGUACACACACAGCUCAUAAAUAUGCUUCAUCAAGCCUGUGAGGGAGCGGCGCUUCGUGGUUCCAGGGUCAUUUCAGCCGAGGACAUCCUGUUCCUGAUGAGGAGAGACAAGUUUGUCUUAUUUUUUUCUUGUCUGUUUAAAUGUCAGAAAAAGUUGGCCCGAUUACUGAAAUAUCUCCAGUUUAGAGAUUAUAAAUCUAACCUGCUCAAAACUCUGGAGGAUGAAGAUGUGCAACAAGAACCGGGUGCAGCAGCUGGCGGUAACCAGCGGAGGCAGCGUUUAGCUCAAGACUUCCUGGUGUGGAUGGAUCAGACCGGCGAGCUCCUGCCCUUAAUUGAGCGACAGGAAGUCGACCCCAUCAAACAGGAGAGGAUUGAGCGUCUGGAGCGUCAGACUCGGAGUAUGGAUGCAGCUCAGUAUUCUGAGUUCUGUGAGAGUCGGCAGCUCAGCUUCGCUAAAAAAGCCUCCAAAUUUCGGGACUGGCUGGACUGCAGCAGCCUGGAGCUGAAACCCAACAGCAUCGCCAUGGAGAUCCUUUCAUACCUGGCCUAUGAGACGGUAGCUCAGAUUGUAGAUUUAUCUCUGUUGGUGAAGCAGGAAAUGAUGGUGAAGAACAAUCCUGUCACUCAUGUGAUCUCCGCCAGCUACAUCCACUACAACACGCUCACCGAGGUGAAGAGGGAUCCAGAUUCACCUGAGGCCACGCCCCCUUCCACUCCAGGCUCCUCCCACUCUUUGAAGCCCCUCCUGCAGGGUAACGGCAGCGUGGAUGGCCGAGCACGGCAGAGGAAACGCAAGAAGAGCUGCCCGGCUACUGUGGAGCCUCCCAGCGGAGUCAUCCAGCCCUGUCACAUCAGAGAGGCCAUGAGACGAUACAACUACAGUCACACAAUUACCUACAGGAGGAGCGGGAUGGCUUUCCUCACCUGCUGAUACAUCAGCCCACAUCUUUUUUCAAAUGUAAAUAAUUUUAUUUUUUAUGUAAUAAAACUUUUCAGUUGAGUUCA